CGAAAAAGAGGUUUGAGACAGCUGUGUUUUGUAAAUAAAUGAAAAUUACAUUAUCUGUCGAUGCUUUUUGGUGUUCUAUUCUAAUUAAUUAAUAACACGACUUUUAAAUUCCCACUGGAAUCAAGAAUAAAGUGAAAUAAUUAUAUCAAUUUCAUAUCAUGUCUCGGCUAACCCAAAUAAUGACCUUUGCCGGUGUUGGCAUGAGUGCUUGGCUGGGUGGAAUGAUAACUGAAAGAUACAAAAUAAAAGAGCAAUUUCAAAAGCCCGGUCUCCCUAUUUUUUCCACCGUCUCAGCUGCUACUCCGGUUCCACCACAAUCAACUCUUCCAAAGGCUGUAAACCGAGAUCGGAGAAGUUUUAUUACAGAUCAUGCGUUUUGGAUUUCCUAGUCUCGACAACAUCAGAUCUAUGGAUGACUUCGUUUUAUCUUACGACAAAAGAAAUCGAGUUGCAAAUUGGGUAUUUGAACACAUAAAUAAAGAGUCGGUCCAGAAAAACCCAGCCGUUGACCGCUCUAAGUGUGAAUUCUAUGAAGACAAAUCAGUUCACGAGUUCUUCAGAUCGACUAACGCGGAUUAUAAAGGAAGUGGAUAUGAUCGAGGACAUAUGGCUGCAGCAGGAAACCACAGAAUUAACCAACAGCACUGCGACCAAACCUUUGUACUUUCAAACAUGGCACCACAGGUUGGAAAAGGAUUCAAUCGAGAUUCGUGGAACAGGCUGGAAAUGCAUGUUCGAAAAUUAACUCAUUUUUACAGGAACGUCUACGUCUGCACAGGGCCACUGUACUUGCCCAAACUUGAGGCAGAUGGGAAAAGCUACAUCAAGUAUCAAGUAAUAGGCAAAAACAAUGUAGCGGUGCCGACGCAUUUUUUCAAAGUUAUUGUGAUGGAGAGCGACAACCAGAAAUUGGACAUGGAAGCGUAUGUUAUGCCAAAUGCUGUGAUUAAAGAUGAUACUCCACUAAACGUUUUUCAAGUUCCCCCGGAGUCGAUUGAGAGAGCUGCCGGUUUGUUGUUUUUUGACAAAAUAAGCCGUAGCAAAUUAAAUAAAAUCAACGGCAGAUGGGCAUGACUUGGUAAAAAUUAUAGUACACGCACUUUAAGGAAAAUAAAUAUUAUUUGUAAAUACAAUUACUUGUACAAUGUUCAUCUUCUUAGUCGUCAUCCUCUGGAUCAGGGCACUCAAAGUCUUUUGUUUUAACAUCCAAAUCUUCUCCAUACUGAAUGGCCAUAUCAAUGCUCAGAAGAACGUCUGCAAUAUUUUCUUCGUCCCUCCUGUCUAGAGGAAUGAAACGCACCAGGCUGAAGUUCUCUAUUAAAUUUCCAAGCGCCUCAGUCAGCUUGCAGUACUUUUGACCCCACUUGCUUGUGUUCUCCAUGGUUCCCAUUAACUCUUCGGUGUCAGGAAGGAGGUACCUAUGCAAAGAAAAUAUUAAUUAUAUUAAUUUGUUCGAAAUAAA